GUGGUGCGGUGCCUCCUGCCCGGGAGCCGGAGGAGCCGCUGCUGCCCCUUGGGACCGGCACCGUCGGGAUCAAAAAUGUUCGGGCAGUGCAAGUAUUCAGAUCGUUGCUGGAGACACUUGUUUGGAUUUGUUUAGAGUGGAAGGUGAAGGCUUCUGCAUUGGGAAGAAAUUCCUGUGACAGCAGCACAGGAUGGACAGGCAGCCUGCUUGAGCCCAGAGCUCACCUGUGAACUUCUUGCUCUUGCUAUGUGAGAGUGUGUGGAGCCCUUCCUGCCACACCAUUGGAGCUGCUCCCCAACAGGGAAGACCAGCGUUGACCUGCCAUGCCUCACACACUGCUUCAGCCAUACAGGUCGCAGGUGAUGGGGUUUCUUGAGGAGUUUGACCAUUACUCUUCCCUGGACAAACUCAUGUCCAUCUACCACGUGACUAACAGGACCAUCUUCAACUGGACAGAGAGCCGCAUUGUCGAGUGGGAGAAAUUUGCUGAGCUGGCUAAAUAUGAGCCAGAAUCCCAGAAACCAACAGUGAAAGCGCUCCUAAUCGUGGCGUACUCAGUCAUCAUUGUCAUGUCUCUCUUUGGGAACAUGCUGGUGUGCCACGUGGUGCUGAAGAACAAGAGGAUGCACUCAGCCACCAGCCUCUUCAUCGUCAACCUGGCGGUGUCAGACAUCAUGAUCACACUGCUCAACACACCUUUCACCUUGGUCCGGUUUGUGAACAGCACAUGGAUUUUUGGGAAGGCCAUGUGUCACAUCAGCCGCUUUGUGCAGUACUGCUCCCUCCACGUCUCCACGCUGACCCUGACGGCCAUCGCUCUCGACAGGCACCAGGUCAUCCUGAACCCGCUGAAGCAGAGGAUGUCCCUGACAAAGGGAGCUCUCAGCAUCUCUGUUAUCUGGCUGAUGGCAACCUGUUUCUCCCUGCCCCAUGCUGUCUAUCAAAAGCUUUUCCAGUACAACUACAGGGAAGCCACUGUCCGGAGUCUGUGCCUCCCUGAUUUCCCCGAGCCCGCAGAGCUGGUCUGGAAGUAUCUGGACCUGUCUACCUUUCUCCUUCUUUACCUCCUGCCUCUGCUGAUCAUCACCAUCACCUAUACGCGUCUGGCCAAGAAGCUGUGGCUCCGCAAUGCCAUCGGGGACAUCACCACGCAGCAGUAUGUCACCCACCACAGGAACAAGAAGAAGAGCAUCAAGAUGCUGAUGCUGGUGGUGGUGGUCUUUGCAGUCUGCUGGUUCCCCCUGAACUGCUACGUGGUGCUCAUCUCCAGUCUGGGCAUCAAGACAAAGAACUCGCUCUAUUUCGCCCUGCACUGGUUUGCCAUGAGCAGCACCUGCUACAACCCCUUCAUCUACUGCUGGCUGAACGAGAGCUUCCGCACGGAGCUCCGCUCCCUGCUCUGCAUCUGCCAGAAGGUGCCACAGGCUCGGGGCCAGGCGCUGCCAGCCAGGGCCGUGUCCUGCCGCGAGGCGUGGCUGGAACAGACCAGGUGCAGGAAGGGACCUGCCUCCCAGGCCAGCAGCUCCAGCAGAAACCUCCCGACGGCCAACACGGACCUGUUUUCCCGUUUAUUGCUACCAGAGGGAGUGGACCUGGGUUUCUGUCACUGGCCUGAGCCACUGGCCUGUAACACGUGCCAUAGCGUGGGGCUCUGCUCAGCAGCAGAAACAAAUCUGUGAUGACAGGUGUUUGAAGGAAGGACUUGGACAUGCAGAGGAACUCCAUCCACAGGGAGUCUCAGCAGUUAGUGUAUAGCAAAGCAUCCAACAGAG